GCCGCCAUCAUUCUGUGCUGUAAGGCUGACUGCAGAAUGUCUUCCAAUGGAGACCUCGCUGACCUUGGGAGCAGCGACAGCUUCUGGGAGCCGGGAAACUACAAAAGGACCGUGAAGCGGGUAGAUGAUGGCCACCGACUGUGUAAUGAGUUGGUCAGCUGUUUCCAGGAGCGGGCCAAGAUUGAGAAGAGCUAUGCUACUCAGCUGAGUGAUUGGGCCAAGAGGUGGAGAGGUGUGGUUGAGAAAGGGCCUCAAUAUGGUACACUGGAAAAGGCAUGGCAUGCGUUCAUGCAGGCAGCCGAUCGGCUCAGUGAGCUGCAUCAGGAACUCCGGGACCGGCUAGUGGCAGAAGACAGCGAGAAGGUCAGAAAUUGGCAGAAAGAAGUCUUCCACAAGCAGAUGAUUGGAGGUUUCAGGGAGACAAAAGAGGCUGACGAUGGCUUUCGCAAAGCUCAGAAGCCGUGGGUCCGCAAGUUAAAAGAGCUGGACACAAGUAAGAAGAGCUACCAUCAGGCACGGAAGGAGGAGUGGUCAGCCAUUAACAGGGAAACGCAUGCUAAGGCGGAUCCAUCCAAGUCCCAAGAAGAAGUCCGCAAAUAUACGGCCCGUGCGGAGCGCUGCAACCAAGAGGCUGAAAAAGCUAAAGAGCGUUAUGAAAAGACCCUGGAAGAGCUGAACCGCUGUAACCCUCGCUACAUGGAAGACAUGGAGCAGGUUUUUGACCUCACUCAGGAAGCUGAGCGCAAGAGACUGUGCUUCUUUAAAGAGGUCCUGCUGGAGAUCCAUUCACACCUCGACCUGUCCAGCAAAGAAGGGUUCCGAGAGCUGUACCAGGACUUGGGUCAGAGCAUUCGAGCAGCAAAUGAGACAGAAGAUCUUCGAUGGUGGAGAAACACCCACGGACCAGGCAUGAGCAUGAACUGGCCACAGUAUGAGGAGUGGACACCAGACACAAUCCGGACCAUCAGCAGGAAGGAGCGAUCUAGACACUCAGAGGACAACGUAGUCACCCUUACCAACAUAGUAUCCUCCGGAGAAAAUGACAUCCCUCCUAGUCCCACCACCCAGAAGGCUAACAGGGUUGUAAAAGAUGAUUCUUCAGACUGGUCAGAAGAGGAGAACCCAAAGAAACUGGCCGUGAACGGUGUCGGCGAAACGGGGGACAAAGAGGAGCAGGUAGAGGGCGUGCGAGUCCUAGCGCUCUAUGAUUACUCGGGCCAGGAGGCUGACGAGCUCAGCUUCAAAGCAGGUGACGAGCUGCUAAAGCUGGGAGAGGAAGACGAGCAGGGCUGGUGUAAAGGACAGCUGGUCAGUGGCCGGGUGGGCCUCUAUCCCGCCAACUAUGUCCAGCUGGGUGCUUCCUGA